AGCUAUUAGUAUUACACAAUGGGCGAUUGGGCGCACGGACUAUUGGGCUGCUUUGAUGACUUUGGAACAUGUAUUAUCGCGUGGUUCGUGCCCUGUGUAACAUUCGGACAAAACGCCGAGGCAGCUGGAACCGCUAGUUCUUGUUUGAUCGGAGGUAUCUUCUUCCUCAUUCCUCUGCUGAAUAUUAUCUGCUGGAUUCAAACAAGAGGGGCAAUUAGGGAACAACAUGGAAUAGAGGGAUCGUUAGUUAGCGAUUUGUUGGCUAUUUGCUGCUGUUCUCUUUGUGCUCUAGUGCAAGAAGCACAGCAAGUAAAAGCAGGUCCCGGAGCAGGGGUUUCUCGAGCAUAACUACUAGCUUCUGCUUAUAGUGAUGAAACAAUUCUACUUGUUGUAGUGAUGAAGCACCCUUACCUAAAGAAUUACGAGCUGUUACUGCAGCCAUAUUCAGCCCAACUAACAUUAUAUUCAAUCAAUUAUUGUGUCAUUGAGUAUAAUUACUUAUUAGAUUACAUUAAAUUUAGAUGAAGACUCGCCUUUUUGAGUAUAACUAUAAUGGGUAAUACGUUAGUAUGUUGUUGUUAAUUGUUGUUAUUUAGUUAAUUGUAAUGUUAUUAUCACAUUUCACAACUA